GAGUUUGUCACCAUGCCUCGGCUCCUGGGAGAUGUCCUCUGUGUAAUCGAGACAUUCCACAAGUAUGCCAGGGAGGACGGUGAGGAGGCGAUGCUGACCAGCAAGGACCUGAAACGGCUCGUCCAGGACGAGUUUGGGGAUGUGCUCCAGCCACAUGUCAUUCAUGCUGUGGAGAGCAACUUGAAUCUUCUGGAUAUUGACAGUGAUGGCACUAUCGGUUUUGACAAAUUUGUUCUUGCAAUCUUCCACUUGUUGGACCUCUGCUAUCUUGACAUACAAUCAUUACUAAAUUCAGAACCAGGACAAGUAUCUGAACCAGAAGAGAAGCCAGAUGACAUGGGCCUUCAGGCAACCGGAAGAACUGGCCAAGGGACAGAAGGAACUCCACCCGCUCAAGACAACAUAGUUCUUCCUUCAGGAAAAGUGUCAUCAGCUCAGCUCAGCUCUGAGGAAAGGGGGUGCAACAGGGUGGACCCACGGCGAGACACCAAGACUCACAAACUGCCCGGGGAAGCAUCCGGGCACAGUGACCCUGAGAACCAGACCCUGGAAGGAGCUGAGCAGAGCCAGGAAGUGACCCAAGAUGUACCAGCAACAGGAGCCAAAGGGGCCCAAAUUGAGACAAAUAAGCAGAAAGCUGGAUCAGAACAGAUUGGCAGUCCCACAAAGGGGGAGGGGCAAGAUGAGGAGAUUCCCAGGGAAGGAGAUGACCCAGCCUGGGAGCAAAGUGCUGCUGAGACAAGAGACCAGUUUGGAGAACAGGAAGGGAAAUUGGGAACCCAAACUUUUCCAUCAGAAGAAACAACUCAGAGACCACCUGACGAGCAGGAAGUUGCAGCAGAAAGGGGUGUUCAGGAACUUUCUAACACACGAGAACAACCACUACAAGGAAAAGAUAAACCCAGUUCAGCACGUGCUGACCUGCCAGCACAAGCUGCUGCCUGGAAACCAUUGCAGACCCAGAAAUCAAACGGUCCUGAGGAUGGUAGCAGAACAGCCAAGACUGGAGAACCAGGAAAAGAUGCUGACCGGACAGCACCUGAGACAGAGAAUCCAGCUGACCCAGAAGACGAUGGUAGGACAUCUGACAUCCCUGAAUCCCCAACAGAAGAAAAAGAACAUGAAACAAAGGACCUGUCCAUGCAAGGUGAUAGCAGAAAUGUUUCAGAAACACCUGAUGUUCGAACUGAAAGGAAAGACGGGAGAAGCCCUGACGCCCAUGGAACAAAAGGGCAGGAAGAGAGUGAGAGAAAGACUCAGCCACCAGCCCUGGAAGACAAAACCCAGGGCGGGAAGUGUCAGGAACUCCAGGAACCACGCAAAGGAAGGGAUGCUGAACAAGUUCCUAAGACACAAGAGUUAAGCUCGGAAGGAGGAGCUCAGAAUCAUGCUGAAGCAGAAGGAGCCGUCGCUGCAGGAGACAAGGCAGGAGAAGCUGAGGAAGGCGCAGCAGAAGCCCCCGGGGGCAGCAGCAGUGACCCUGCAGCAGAAGGAACACCUGGGGCAAGAGGAAGAAUGUGGCAGAUGGCUCCGCGGGAGAACCAGUCUAGAGGAGGAAAUAAGAGGGCCACCAAGACUCACGAUCAGCCACUCAAGGAGGGUGAUCGUCACCAGGGAGGCGCUCCUGAGCCGACAGUCACACAGAGUGAUAAAGGGUCUCCUGAAACCCGCAACAGCCUGACUCCAGAGGACGGUGACUGCAGCUCAGAGACAAGUGACCUGCCUGUGCAAGGGGACUCCCAGCGUCAAGUAGACCCACUCAGAGAGUCUGUGCAAGGAAGUCACCGUAAAACCCCAGACACCCAGAAGCAGGUAGCACUGGGUGGGCGAAACAGAACUCAGAAGGCAGUGGUGCCAACAGUCGCUGGCAGAGAGGAUAAGCCGCUCUCGGAGGAACAGGAACAGCUCGACGGAGAAGAGCACAGGAGUCGGGGCUCAGAGACCAGAGGCCCUGGCCCAGCUGUGGAGCCCACUGGACACCCAGGGGCACAGGAGUCCACGGUGGGAGGUGAAGACAGAAAGUCCCCAGAGACAGAGACCCCAGGUGCCCUGAGUGCAGACGUCACUGACCAGCUUUACGGAAUGCAGCUCCUUACAAAGGAAGACAGCAAGGAAGAGCUCAAGGUCCAGCACCCAGGUACCGAUGAGGAAGAUGGGGCACCAGAGCCCCAGGAGGCUCUAGUAAAAAGUCUAGAUGAGGACCGUCCAGCCUCUCCCGAGACACUCCUUGAAACAGAGGAACCUGCCACCUUGGAGGAGGAGGAUGAAAGCCCCCCAGAGCUGGCAGGAGGUGACGACCAACAAAAUCCAGCCAAGAAGGGACGUGAUUCUUCAGUCCCAGAGUCAGCGCUUGAAGAGAGGACUCAGAGGGACCAGGAACCCUGCUGUGCAGAGAGGGGCACAGUCCCUUCCAGUCCGCUGUACGAGUACCUGCAGGAGAUGCUCCUGCGACAGACAGGCAGAACGGCAGGGCAACGUCAAACUCAAGGUCAGACAGCCAGGGCAUCCAGCCCAGAGCUCCGCAAGGACCAGCUCACCACUGACACCUCUGAUUGUUCUGUCUUUUCCGAUGACAGCUAAGCAUUACGACAGCACACCAGGGAACCUCUGCCUGGUGAGGGUCCUCUGACACACAGCAAACAUCAGCUCCCCAGGCCUUGGAAGGAAAGCAGGACCACCCUCAGAGAGGAAGCAGAGCCCCAAAGGGACGGGAGUGCCAUGAAGCAACCAGCCCUUACAGGUACCCCAGAAGUUCCAAGAUACUUUGUACACUUGAACAUGCCCCAGACUCCUUCCGUCCUGAUCACCCUCUACACUCACCUCAGAUGCAGAUUAAUAAUCCUUUAGAUUCCCUUCCUAAAUUGCUACAAGAGCAAAAUAUCAAGUAUUCAGCAGUGGGAGCUACCACCAAACACAGGUCACACCAAACAAACAUCUUACCGUACAAUGUUACUUCCAAGUGCUAAAAUGGACUUUCUCCUGAGACGAUUUCCCACAAGUUACCUGUCACUAAAGAUGGAAAAAUCCCUUCCAUAUCUGUAACAGAUGCCAAUUUCCUCAACUAUUCAUUGGUUUUUCAUAAUGUGGCAAAUUGGAGGAACGAGACUUCACAAAACUUAUAAUCAUAAAUUAUUAUUCCUUCGCAGAUGCAGAGAGUUUUGCUUCAUGACAUUUCCUACAGAUCGCAAGUUUAUCCCCAAAUUGUAUCUCUCAAAAUCAUCUCAGAUAGUACCAUAACUUAAGAUAAUUGUGACUUUCUAGCACCCAAUUAAAGUAGAUUCAAGACUCUAUGCUCAUGCCCAGGUGCAAGUAAUCGAUGCCAUUGGUUCAUUCGUUCAUUCAUUCAACAAACUUUUAUUAAAUAUUAGCCCUUUCAUAGUUUCUGGCUCAAAUAAGAAAUCAGAAUAAUUAUAAAGGAGAAAGAGGAUACAAAUCUGAAGCACGCUUGAUUCCAUAAGAAGCUCUUGUAACCAACAUCCACUAAGUAAGUCUAC